AUGGCCCUCCUACCUCAGCAGAGCGUCCAAGUGUCUAUCCCAGAACCACUCCCACCCAUCAUCACUCAUAGAUUGUAUCUUCGACCUCUGGCCGACUCUGAUGCAGAGGGCUUAUUCGCCAUCCGGUCACGACCUGAAGUUGCCAGGAUGAACUAUCCCAAAACCCCUCAUAGAACGGUCCAAGAAACACGGGAAUGGAUGGCCACCAAGAUCUUCACUGCAGGCCCUGAGAGUGUCCUUGGUCGUCAUUUUACCUAUGUACUCAUUGAACGUGAACAAUGGGAGGAUGAGGUUCAGCCACCACCCGCCGAGAAACAGGUCAUUGGCUACAUGAGUAUCAAUCAAAUAUAUCCCAGCCCUGAGAUUGGGUAUUCUAUUCAUCCUGAUUACUGGGGAAAGGGAUAUGCGACGGAAGCUUUGGAGGGACUACUAAAGGCAUGGUGGAAGUUACCUCGUCAACCUCAGAAUUCUGCAGAAGACGGGAGUGAGGGCACCGAAAAAGUCUUCGCCCUUUGCGAGAAGAUCAACGCGGGCUCGAGCAAGGUAUUGAGCAAAUGUGGAUUCAGGGUGAUUAAGCAGAUGGGGUAUGAUGAGGAUGAAUUGUUGCUGUGGGAGUUAGAAGCGCCGGUGCUUAAGCACACAUGUCCAUGA